AUGGUCGACAAUCACCACCCGGCGACGCCGCCUCCCCAACCGGAUAUGACGAGAAAUCGACUCCCGACGCUGUUUGAGGUGCUGAGCCGGCGAACGCUGCCGCCAGUUGAUUUGUUUUCAUUUUACAUCUAUAUGCGAGACCAACAGAGAUCGGUCGAUUAUCUCGAUUUCUGGCUCGAUGUCGCCCAACACAUGUCGCUGUGCCGACACUACGUGCGUGAGCUGCGACGAUCUGUUCUUGUUGCGACGCCGGAUAUCGAGAAGACAAAUUCAAAGCGAUCGUCUCAGAUUCUGGAGCACAUGGGCGAUUUGGAGCCGCGCCCAGCUGGACCGUCAAUGUACUCGACUGAGAAGGAGAGGGAUCAGGACGCUCAAAUGUCGGCCUUUUUGCGCGAGGAGCCGGCCAACGGUUCUCCUCACAGUGGCUCGGGUAUUGCUCGACCCAGCCCACAGUUCAGCACUUCCCGCGACGCAACUGAUUCGAACUCGCCAUCCCACACUGUCGCCCGACAAGACAUCAGAGCGUCUGCGGAGAAGAUCUUGUACACCUUCCUGCUUCCUGGGGCCGAGCGGGAGAUCACACUCCCCGGUUCGAUUACGCAAGAUGUCACGGCGGCUAUUGAGGAGUACGGGCGCGACGAUCCAGAAGUGUUUGAUGUCGCCAAGGAUUACGUGUUCCAAGCAAUGGAGCGGGAUGCCUUUCCUGGUUUCCUGAGGAUGAAGGCUCUGGGCAACCUGAUCGCUCCGACGCUGGUGAUGCGUCUCAUUAUCGGUCUGGUAUCCAUGUUUGGGGCGUUCUGGGCAGCGUUUAUUCUCAUAUUUCUCGACAAGUCUCGCCAGACGAGGUGCUGGCUCAUUCUCCCGUUCACCGUUGGCGUUUAUUUCUUGUCGUCGUACCAAUAUUCAUUGGAUCCAGUCAUGGCUCUCAUCGGCUACAGCGAGUACACGCCGUUUAGCUUUUCGCGCAUCCGAGAAUCCUACGUCCGUCAGCUCCUUGCCAAGCGUGCCGUGAUGGUACUGGCCAUUACCAUUCUCAUCGAUGCGGCUCUUUGCGUUCUGUUCAUUCUCGUACCAGGCAAGAGACUGUGA